AUGAGCCGCUUCGCCCUCUUCCGGUCGGUCCCGGCUCUUCGCUACGGGCUGCCACCACGAGCGGGUUAUAUCCAACGCCCGUUUUCUGUUUCGUCUGCGCUUUUCGUGAGGAAUCCUUCGGCCCUGAAGUCUCCACGAUGGGUGAACCCCAAGACACCACAAGAAACGCCCCCGACAUCACCUGAGGAGGGAGAGAAGGAGGAUGGAGGGAAAGAACAACCAGAAGAGCCUGACACGAAACCUCCCGCUCCGUCUUCACCCUCGUCUUCGAACCAGCCCUCAUCGGCUUCACAUGAUGCCCCGUCUUCCUCCUCGUCCCCGCCCCCAGGUGCCCCAGGUUCAAUAGCGAAGCAGUCGGUGCCGGAACUGUACCCGCAGAUGCUCGCGCUGCCCAUUGCGCGCCGCCCCCUUUUCCCCGGCUUUUACAAGGCAGUGGUGAUCCGCAACCCCGCUGUGGUAUCUGCUAUCAAGGAGAUGAUGAAGCGUGGGCAGCCAUAUCUCGGCGCGUUCCUGCUCAAGGACGAGAAUACGGACAGCGACGUCAUCACGGACAUCAAUUCGGUGCAUUCGGUCGGGGUGUUUGCGCAGAUCACUAGCGUCUUUGCGGCUGCAGGACGUGGUGAGGAGGACAAGGAGGAAGGUCUGACUGCGGUGUUGUAUCCGCAUCGAAGGAUCAAAAUUACGGAAUUGGUCAAGGCUGGUGGUGCACGCAUAGAGGAAGUUGAGCAGCAGGAGGAGCCGCAGACUGUGGAACCACCAACGCCACCGCCUACACCACCGCCGUCUAAACAGGAUAAAGUCGAUCAAGGCAAGUUGGUUCACUUUGCAUUUAGCCCAGUACAAACCGCAUUCUUGCACAAACACGACGUGUCGAUUGUGAACGUGGAGAAUCUGCACACACAGCCGUACAACAAGGAUGACCAGUACAUACGCGCGUUCAUGUCCGAGAUUGUGUCCGUGUUCAAGGAUAUUGCGCAGCUGAACCCGCUCUUCCGCGACCAGAUCACCAAUUUUUCGAUCAACCAGGUCGCCGCGAACGUGUUUGACGAGCCAGACAAGCUUGCGGACUUUGCGGCGGCGGUGUCGACAGGCGAGGUGCAGGAGCUGCAGGAUGUGCUCGAGUCGCUGGUCGUGGAUGAGCGGCUGCGAAAGGCGCUGUUGGUGCUGAAAAAGGAGCUGAUCAAUGCGCAGUUGCAGAGCAAGCUUUCGAGGGACGUGGAUAGCAAGAUUGCGAAGCGCCAGCGGGAGUAUUACUUGAUGGAGCAACUCAAAGGUAUCAAGAAGGAACUGGGCAUGGAAAGUGAUGGGAAGGACAAGUUGAUUGAGAAAUUCAGAGAGCGUGCGGCGGCGCUGAAGAUGCCUGACGGUGUGCGCAAGGUGUUCGAGGAAGAGCUGGCCAAGCUGCAGGGACUUGAGCCAGCUGCAAGCGAGGCCAAUGUAACGAGAAAUUAUCUUGACUGGUUGACACAAAUUCCAUGGGGCCGUCAUACACCGGAGAACUACUCCCUCCCACAUGCGCAAGCCGUACUCAACGAAGACCACUACGGUCUCUCCGACAUCAAAUCGCGCAUUCUCGAGUUCCUCGCCGUCGGCAAGCUACGCGGUACCGUGCAAGGCAAGAUUAUCUGCCUCGUUGGACCUCCCGGUGUGGGUAAGACGAGUAUCGGGAAGAGUAUUGCGCGGGCGUUGGGCAGGCAAUUCUUCAGGUUCAGUGUGGGAGGCUUGACGGAUGUGGCGGAGAUUAAGGGGCAUCGGAGGACAUAUGUUGGCGCAUUGCCAGGCAAGAUCAUCCAAGCACUCAAACGCGUAGAAACUGAGAACCCGCUCGUGCUCAUCGACGAAGUUGACAAGAUUGGACGAGGCAUCAAUGGAGAUCCCGCGAGUGCACUUCUGGAGAUGUUGGACCCGGAACAGAAUAACAGCUUCUUGGACCAUUACAUGGACGUUCCCGUUGACCUUUCGCGCGUCCUCUUCGUAUGUACCGCUAACAACCUCGACACCAUCCCCGCGCCAUUACUCGACCGCAUGGAAGUGCUCGAGGUUUCCGGCUACGUCUCCGAGGAGAAAGCUGUCAUCGCCCAGCGGUACCUCGGGCCUCAGGCAAAGGUUGCUAGUGGUCUUGGGGACGUAGAUGUGCAGGUUGAGGAUGAGGCGGUAGAUGUCUUGAUUAGAUAUUAUUGUAGAGAGAGCGGGGUGAGGAAUUUGAAGAAGUGUAUUGAGAAGAUAUAUAGGAAGGCGGCAUUGAAGCUUGUGCAGGAUCUGGGAGAGGAGAAGCUGCCUGAGCCACCAGCGCCCGCUGGUGCUGCUGACGCCACUAGCACCACAGCUGCCGAUGAGACCAAGCCUACAGAGGAUAAGCCUGCCGUUACCGAACCCGAAACUGUACCGCCGCCCGUUGAAACCGUCCCAUCUCAAGAACCCCCGCCGAACGAGCCCGACGCCGACAAGCCUCAUCCCUCACCCUCAUCCUCUUCUUCUCCUUCGACCUCCGCGACGCCAGAAGAGAUUCCGGUGACCACGACCGAACGUCGCCCGAUGCACAUCCCACCCGAUGUGCACGUGCGCAUCACCCCUGAAAAUUUGAAGGAGUAUGUGGGCCCGCCGGUGUACCAGAAGGAUCGCAUGUACGCGAAGCCGCCGCCUCCUGGUGUUAGUACAGGAUUGGGAUAUCUGGGCAAUGGAAGUGGGGCUGUUAUGCCUAUCGAGGCUAUGAGUAUGCCAGGCAAAGGUGCUCUCCAGUUAACUGGAAAACUCGGUGAAGUUAUCCGCGAGAGCGCGCAGAUCGGUUUGAGUUGGGUGCGCGCGCACGCGUAUGACCUGGGUAUCACGCAGUCGGUCGACGAACAAUUCUUGACGGAUAGGGAUGUGCAUGUACACAUGCCAGAAGGCAGCAUUGGCAAAGAGGGCCCCAGUGCAGGAACAGCUAUCCUUUCGGCUUUCGUGUCGUUGUUCACCAAAACGAAGAUCAAUCCUGACAUCGCUAUGACGGGAGAGAUAUCGCUCGUCGGUCAGGUCCUUCCUGUUGGUGGCCUCAAAGAGAAGAUCCUCGCAGCUCAUCGGGCAGGAAUAACGACGAUCCUAGCCCCCGCGGCGAACCGUGCGGAUAUCGAGGAGAACGUGCCCGAGAGCGUCAAGACUGGGAUCCGAUUCGUGUAUGUGGAGAGUGUCAAUGAGGUACUGCAUGAAGUAUUUAAGGGCGCCGAAAUUACGGAGCGGUGGAAGGAUACGCUACCGGUUGAGUGA